UGACUAAUAAUAGACUCAUUCUUAUCCAUUAUAUUAGAUUCAGGAAGAAGUGAAUUCAGUGCUUGGAGACAGGGAACCGACGAUGCCACCAUUUACGAAACACUGCGCAUGGCGUGCCCAGCGGCGCAGCUCGUUCCGCACGCGACGCAGAAGGAUGUCAAUUUUGAAGGUUAUCAGAAAGAGUACGGUCAUUUUUGGCAAUAUUUGGGGGCUGCAUCAUGAUGAGCGCUACUGGGAGGAUCCUGAAAGGUUUAACGCAGACCGAUUCUUGGACAGUGAUGGGCAGCUGGACAUCAACAAAGACUCGUACUUUCCAUUUGGCCUUGGAAAAAGGCGAUGUCCAGGUGAAGGAUUUGCUAAGAAGGUGAUGUUUCUUUUUAUUACCGUCAUAUACCAACGUUACGGAUUUGAAGCAGCGGAUGGCGAAACGCUUCCUGACGUCGCUGAUGGCGUGAUUUACGCCGGAGUUCACAAUUCACCUCCAUACAAACUCACAAUAGUGCCACAAUAAAAAAAAAAUCGAAUUCAUCUAAGCUGACUAUGUUGGCUAUUAUCAAUAAAUAUAAUUA